AUGGAUCUACGCGAGGAUGAUUGGAACUGGGAUAGUGACGGCUCACAGCAAGCUCAGAAUGAAAUUGAUCAACCAGAUCAGCAGGAUCUAGUACCAUCAGACAAGCGAGAAGAGGAAGAUCCAAAGUCUCCGCACGCAUGCAACCGAUUAGGACAUCAAGAUAACUUCUUCACGCCGGUUUCUGACCCAGAUGUCGCUUUGCUGACUGCAUUUGAAGGGGAUGAGAUCUUCAGAAGACCAGCAUUUGACGAAAGUCCCGAAGUUUGGUUGGCCUAUCUGCAUGCCACAAUUGGAAAUGUGUAUGAAGGCCUUACCAUCAAGCAAUCCGAUAAUAACGCUGUGCAACACCACUAA